AUGCUUCUGGAAAAGCCGUGGUGCGGGCGCGCAAAAAGAAACGCGCGCCGACAAUUACGUGCGCGGGCCGCACACCCACGCACCGCGCGGGGUCUGGGUGCCGCCCGCCCUAACCUUAUAAAAAUUUUCCAACCUCCCGCCACUAUAAGAGGAGCGCGCUGCGCGGGCGACGGCUUUCCUCCAGGGUGCUUCCCAAUGCCCCAGGCAUCCCACACUCUACCUUGCGGGCGUUCUUCAACCAUCGCACCAGGCGGUGCGGUCGGCCGCCCAGCAGUGAUUAUACACUUUUUAUACCAAUUGUUCCGACUGAAUAGUGUACACUGCGUGUCGACAACCUUGCAUAUCGUUAAGUUUCAGCCUUGUAUGAGCUGGGCGCGAGAAGAAGGUCCGUGGGUGGGCGUGGGUGUGGGUGUAGCGUCGGAAGCGAGUCUUGUGCCAAGACCCAAACCCCUCCGAUCUCCGCCGUCUGCGGUGAUGACCAGUUCCGACCGGGCGGACAUAACCAGUAUCGCCGCGCCACGCCCGCUCCGCGGGCGUAGUCGCGCCUCCAGUGUACAAAUUUAG